AUGAUUAGAACAGCUUUUUCAAGGACAAAGCCCUUGAGUGCCCUCCGCCGCUUGGCUACCGCCUCCCAGACGGUCCCAGCCUACCAAACCACCGUCUUGGAAAACGGGUUGACCGUGGCCAGUGAACUCAUGCCUGGAACCCGUACCGCCACCGUCGGAGUAUGGAUUAAUGCUGGUUCCAGAGCCGACAACCCCAAGAGCAGCGGCACUGCUCACUUCUUGGAACAUUUAGCUUUCAAGGGUACCAACAAGCGGACACAGCUCAACCUUGAGCUCGAAGUCGAGAAUAUUGGGCUGCAAAUUAAUGCCUACACCUCCCGUGAGAAUACCGUUUACUACACCAAAUGUCUCUCUAAGGACAUAGAUCAGAACAUCGACAUUUUGAGUGAUUUAUUGACCAAGUCGAGGUUGGAAGAAAAAGCCAUUGAAAACGAACGUCAUGUGAUUCUUCAGGAGUCGGAUGAAGUGGACAAGAUGUAUGAUGAGGUGGUGUUCGACCACUUGCAUGCUGUCACCUACAAGAACCAGGACUUGGGAAGAACCAUCUUGGGUCCUCGCGAAUUGAUCAAGACCAUUAAUAGACAAGAUUUGGUCAACUACAUCACCACAAACUACAAGGGCGACAGAAUGGCCCUUAUUGGUGUGGGUAACGUGGACCAUCAAGAAUUGGUACAGAAAGCAAAGAAAUACUUUGCCAAUAUUAAGAUUAGUGAUGAACCAUUCUCACAGGGUGGAAACGACUUACCCGUGUUCCACGGAGAUGAAAUCCGUAUUCAGGAUGAUUCAUUACCAUCUACUCAUGUUGCCUUAGCAGUGGAGGGAGUUUCGUGGUCUGCACCUGAUUUCUUUACCGCCUCGGUGGCUAAUGGUAUAGUCGGAACAUGGGACAGAUCUGUUGGCAUAGGCUCCAACUCUCCAUCUCCUUUGGCAGUAACUGCUGCUACCGGAGGACCCGGUAUGAGUCCUAUAGCAAAUUCAUAUAUGGCGUACACAACCUCCUACGCUGAUACUGGCUUAAUGGGCAUUUACUUCACUGCCGAAAAGGAUUCCAACUUGAAGUUGUUCAUUGAUGCUGUAUUGAAGGAAUGGGGUAGAUUGAAGUCAGGUGAUAUCACAGAAGACGAAGUGGAAAGAUCCAAAGCACAAUUGAAGGCUUCAUUGGUCUUAGCUUUGGAUGACUCUACCUCUAUUGCUGAGGAUAUCGGGAGACAAUUGGUGAAUACAGGUUACAGAUUAGAUCCAGAGGACGUAUUUAAACGUGUGGAAGCCAUCACCAAGAAGGAUGUCAUUGAUUGGGCAAAUUAUAGACUUAAGGACAAACCUAUUGCAUUAUCUGCAGUUGGAAAUGUGAAGACCUUACCCUCUCACAGCGAAAUCCAAAAAGGAAUGUCAUUGUAG